AAUUUGCGAACGCAUGUGCUGUUAGCUGUAGUGCGUUAUCGCUAGUUGUGAACUCGAACACAAGAAAGCGAGAGAGAAAGAGAGAGGAUUAGACAGAUAAAAACCGAAAUGUGGAGAGUGUGGAGCUUAAUAUUUCUUUUGUUUUUGCAAACGAACGAAAAUGCGGCAGCUCAGCGGUCAUCCUGUGGCCCUGAGAGUAGAUGCAUUUUCCGAUCGUACUGCAUUAAGGAAACCGUUAAUAUAUACGCCAGGGCCCAAAUCGAUUUUCGAGCGAGCGUAGUUAAUCCUUGUCCAAAUAAUCUUCAAGUAUGCUGCAAGCUGGAGAAUAUUCAAGUGCCAGCCCCAGCGCCAAAUUCCAAAUUUGCAUGCGGCGUACACAAUAUCGAGGGUAUGCCCAUACCCAUGCCAAUGGCCAAGGGCAAGGAUCAGGAAACGGAUAUUUCCGAAUUUCCCUGGGUGGUAGCCAUAUUUGUAAAUGCCAGCACAGAGCAAAAGUUUAUUGGAGGCGGUUCGAUUUUGGCACCAAAUGUGGUCCUGACCGCCGCCCACAUCGUCUACACUCGCCGCACUCAGGAUCUGCUGGUACGAGCAGGCGAAUGGGACAUUCACUCUGAGAUUGAGCCGCUCCAGCAUAAGAAUUGCUUGGUUCGGGAAACGAUUUGCCACGAGCAGUUCAACGGGGCCACCGCGAUAUACGACAUUGCGCUGCUGAUCUUGGGAACACCUCUGGAGCUGACACAUCACAUAAUGCCCAUUUGCUUGCCUCGAUCGCAUGAGUUUCUCAACUUCCAACGCUGCUUCGUGGCGGGCUGGGGCCAGCCCAGCUUUGACCCAGAUGACCCAAAUAUCCGCAAUGUGCUGCGAAAGGUGGAUCUGCCCAUUGUUAACCGUACCGAGUGCCAGCAGAGGCUACGCUCGACGCGUCUGGGCAGACACUUUGAGCUGCACGAGACCUUCAUCUGUGCCGGCGGGGAGAGGGACCUGGAUGCGUGCACCGGAGAUGGCGGCUCGCCGCUCUUCUGUCCCCUGCACGAUCAUCCCAAUCAUUACUUCCAACUGGGCAUUGUGUCCUGGGGCUUGGGCUGUCACACGGAAGAUGUGCCUGGCGUCUAUGCGAAUGUGCUUCAAAUGCAAAAAUGGGUACGCAAUAGCCUCAAGGAUCUUGACGUGAAUCCCAACUACUUUACGCCCUCCUUUACAACUGAAUACUACGCUAGGGAAAUGCAUUCGAAAUGCACAACGAAGCUGUAAAUUUGACAUGCAGUCGAAAAUUGGACUUAUUUCCUUUUAAAUUCUUUGAUUUUCAGCAAUAUCCAUCUGAUAUG